CUAAUUCUCUUGAUUGCACCCCACCUACUUGAAGACAUAUUUCGAAUAGAGCCCUCUCUGUACACAUCUACUUGUUGGACAAGGGCCAUCAGACAUUCCAGCACAUGUUCAACCUCCGAUUUACCCACCGCCCUUCUCCUUCCACUCCAACUCCCACCGAACCCUUAUAGCGCCUGCGAUGAGCAAGGUUCCUGAUGCCUGGGAGGACGAGUGGUCCACCACCGCUGAUGAUCUGCCAACCCCUCCCUCGGAGGCCAAGAGAGUCUCGUCGAAAGUGACAAAGGCCCAGAAAAGGGCUCAGCAGGCCGAAUUCAACCGCCAGCUGUGGGCCGAAGCUGAAGGACCGAGGGAAACCAACUACUUCUUGGAAUCGCGCAACAUCGUUCCGCUACGGUCCGAGUUCAAACCCCCUCCAAUCCUCCUCUCGAGAAAGGGCCCCAUCAUACAAUCAAACUCCCCGCGACCGCCUACGGCGGGCCUCCAAGACCUGAGCCUGAACAGCGACAAGAACAACUCUGGUGACCGCGAAUCAUCGGAGGACGAAGAGGAGGUCAAGGCCCGCGAGCUCUCCGUCGCCGAACGACAAGCCCAAGCCGCCAGGGACCGAGAGGAGAAGCAGCGCAAAUACGAGGAACGCAGGCAAGAGCUGUUCGGGACCUCCAGGGCCAGCACAACCCUGUCCUCUCACCAGCAAGCAGGUCAUAACAAGUCCGGAACCUCCAGUCCCGGGAGCCUGACCCCCCCAGGUUCGCGGUCUGCGACGCCCAGUCGAAGCCGAGGCGGCAGGGGAGGGCGUCGCGGAGCAGCUGCAGCCGCAGGAGGAGGAGGCGUGGCGGGCAACCACAACAUCAACUCGCGAAACCAAUCAAGAGGCGGAUCUCAACAUCGGGAAUUAUAUGAUCCUUCAUACGCUUCAAGGCCGGACUCGACGUACAUUCCGCGACGGGAGCGGGAGAAUGGAGUGGGAAUAAUCCAUCAUCCCGCCGGGCUGCCUCAGCAACACGUCCAGGAACCAAUCCGGGCACCGAGAGGGCCAGAUGGCAGCGGCCGAGGUGGCUUUGGUUUUGCGCCCCGGGCCCCGACAAGCGAGCCUGUGCAGGCCGAAACGGCCGCUCCAGCAACAAGUCAUCCUUCUAUAGACGCGGGGGAAGCCGCCGCUCCUCCUCCUCCUCAUCCUCCUCCUUCUGACACUGAUGCAACACGGACGACCUCAUGAGCGAACCUGCCUCGUCGCUCCCGGGCCGAAUCAGACUGGGGAGGGAAAUGGCCCUUUUAUCAUUAAGCCACGAGUCCCAGCCAGGACCGAGCGAGGGCCGGAAAUCAUUGUCCUGCUAGGGAGUUCACCGGACUAUUUUUACAAAUCAGCGUAGACACGGCCAUAUGUCUCUGCGGCCCCAACUCACCCGGGGCUUUAGAACUCUGUACCACACUUCCUGGGGGUGGUUUUUUAGAACGAGCAUGGAAAAAAGCAGAGUAGAAUGCCAUCCCUGAUCGCUCCAACAUACCUGUGCCCAAGUCGCCGAGUCAAUCAAAUAUGCUUGCUCCAGUUUUCCAUGUGGACACGAUCCUCUUGCGUCUAGCCAGGGAUACCUAC